GAAAGUCAAGGGACUUGAAACGCAGACACGAUGUGACUUCCACCUUGACUCGGCGAGUGAGCCCGCGGAGCUACUAUCUUGGUAGGCAGUAGGAUGUGGAAAUGUGAUCCGAUGAUGUUGCAACGAGUAACAUACAUAAGAGAAUGUAGGUCUUGAUCUUGCGAACGGCCAUUCUUUCGAAGCCCACCACUAUCCUACCGUUCGUACCCUUUCAUUCUUCCUUUCACCUGUCCAGCGGAGCACGCCAGUAUGACGACCGCUUUUGCCAGUACGCCGGUACUUAAUAAUGUCUUUACACAUCUAUCGAAGAACGCCGGCUUCGAAGACAUAGCCGCGAUGGCUCUGGUAGGAGCUGCCAGUGCUGCAUAUAUGUUCAAGGGAACAUUAUGGGACAAGCCAGAUCCUUACCACUACAAAUGGUUCGAGAGACCUCAAGAGUUGAUGGGUGCAAGAGCUGGUGCUCAGCAGACCCGGAACAUUGCCGAGAAGAUCGAAGAGACUGGGGCCGACAUGGUCAUCUUCUGGGGUUCACAGAGCGGCACCGCAGAGCGUAUGUCGAAUCGUCUUGCGAAAGAGUGUCAGCAACGCUUUGGUCUCAAGGUCUUGUCCGUCGAUGCCUCUGACUACGAGUCCUCGACCAUCGCUCAGAUCCCUAGGACCAAGCUCGCCAUCUUCUGCGCCUCUACCUUUGGUGAAGGUGAUCCACCAGAUUCAUACCAGGAUCUCUACUCAUGGCUCCAAAGUACUUCGGACAGAUCACUAGCGGAGCUGAGAUACAUGGCGUUUGGUCUUGGAAACUCGAAUUACAAGCACUACAACGAGGUCAUCAAGAUUGUAGUGAACCGCCUUGAUGCUCUUGGCGCAGAACCACUGUUAGCCACUGGCAUGGCGGAUGAUGCGCAAGGCGAGACUGAAGAGCACUACCUAGAGUGGAAAGAACAGGUCUUCGGAGUAUUCAGGACACAACUUGGCUACACCGAGCGAGAUCCUAUCUACGAACCUUCUCUCAAGGUAUUCGAAGACGAGUCGCUCGAGCCAAUUGAUCUCAAUCAUGGUGUACCAGCAGACAAGACCUCGGACAGGAAGACCAAUACCAGCAUGUCUGCUGUAUACUCCCUUCCAGUCAAGGGUGCAAGAGAGCUCUUCCAGGUCUCAGAGCAUCGCAAUUGUAUACACAUGAAGGUCGACUUCAGCGAACAUCCUGAGCUAAAGUACAAGACAGGAGAUCAUCUUGGAGUCUGGCCUAUCAAUCCUGAUGCUGAGGUCAGCCGACUGCUUCGCGUACUUGGUUUGAUUAGCAGGAGACAGAUACCAAUCACUAUCCUUUCGCUAGAGGAAGAUGUCAAAGUCAAGGUGCCGACUCCUACGACCCUUGAUGCGCUACUUAGCCAUUAUCUCGAGACAUGCGCUCCGGUCUCUAGAGAGACGAUCGCUUCGCUUGUCCAAUUCGCACCAACUUCGACUGCCAAGGACCUUCUCACAAGAUUGAGCGGCAAGGAAGCAUAUGCCGACUUCCUGCGCUCAAAUUACAUUAAUCUCGGAAGACUUCUCGAGCGCGCAGCCGGUGACGAAGGUGCUUGGAAAGAUGUUCCUCUGUCGUUCAUUGUCGAGAUUCUGCCCGUCAUGCAGCCCAGAUACUACUCCAUCUCCUCGUCAUCAGUCGUGCAACCAAGAUCAGCAGCCUUGACCGCAGUUGUCUCCGAUACUGUCUUUCCUGGCACUAAUGAGCGCAUUCCCGGUCUGUCCACUAAUUACAUGCUCGCUCUCAAGGAGUCGCUGGAAGAUAAAGGCAAACCCCACCCUCACGGUCUCACGUACCCUCUAGAAGGACCCCAAGAGUCGCUCUCUGGCGGACGGCUACACGCUCAUGUGCGCAAAUCGACGUUCAAGCUUCCUGCUCUAGCAUCACAUCCCAUCAUCAUGAUCGCCGCUGGUACCGGCAUCGCUCCCUUCCGCGCCUUCCUACAGGAGCGAGCACGUAUGCAAUCCAUCGGCCGCGAAGUCGGUCCCACGAUUCUCCUCUUCGGUUGCCGCAACGAAAAUCAAGACUACCUAUACCGUGAAGAGCUCGCUGAGCUAAAAGCACAAUUUGGCGAUUUGCUCACCCUCGUCACUGCAUUUUCUCGUCCUGACAGUGGUGAAAAGACAUAUGUACAACAUCGUGUUGUUGAACAUGCAGAUGAGGUGUGCAGACUUCUCACUGAUGGUAAUGCAAAUUUCUACAUUUGUGGUUCGGCGUCUAUGGCGAGAGAUGUUUCGAAUGAGCUUGGGAGGGAGUUGUGUCAGAGGCAGGGGUGGAGCGAUGAGCAGCUCAAGGAGUUUGCGGAUAAGCAGAAGAGGUUCAAGAGGUGGCAGCAGGAUGUUUGGGGAUAGAGCCCGGUAUACGUGGUGGUUCUUGAGUUAUUCUAGUAUCUCAUGCUGCGGUUGGUCUACAACUCUAGGAAGGCAGAGUCAUUCAUCGCUGGGAAGGACCUCCACGGAGUGUAGGUGUCAUAAUGGAUUUCGAUGCAUCUCGUUCUUUCCUAAAAUCCACUGUGCCUUGACAUAGCUACUAUGCUGGUGGUAAUCUCUCAAGGAGAAAGGUUUGAUGACAGUAG